AUGAUACACAGUUUGUUUAUUGUUAACAGUAGCGGCGAUGUGUUUUUGGAAAAACAUUGGCGCAGUGUAGUAUCACGCACCUGUGUGUCCUACUUUCUCGACGUUCACCGUGAAUCCGCUAAUAACGUACCACCGGUGCUUUCCACUCCUCACCAUUAUCUGGUUUCAAUUCAACGCAAUGGAAUCUCUCUGGUAGCCGCUUGCAAGCAAGAGUUUCCACCUCUUUUCGUGAUUGAAUUCCUGCAUCGCGUAGUGGACACGUUCGAGGACUACUUUUCCGAGUGUAAUGAGAAUGUCAUCAAGGAAAACUACGUGAUCGUGUACGAGCUGUUGGACGAGAUGCUAGAUAAUGGGUUCCCGCUCGCAACGGAGUGCAACAUUCUGAAAGAGCUUAUCAAACCACCGAAUAUUUUGCGCACGAUUGCCAACUCCGUCACGGGGAAAUCUAAUAUCAGCGGAACGCUACCGUCCGGACAAUUGUCGACCAUACCAUGGCGACGUACCGGUGUCAAGUACACGAACAACGAGGCGUACUUUGAUGUCGUGGAAGAGGUCGAUGCUAUUAUCGAUAAGAACGGGCAAACAAUCUUUGCCGAAAUUCAAGGCUAUAUUGACUGUUGUAUAAAGCUCAGCGGAAUGCCAGAUCUAUCUCUUUCGUUCAUGAAUCCACGACUAUUCGACGAUGUAUCAUUCCAUCCGUGCGUCCGUUUUAAACGGUGGGAAUCGGAGCGUAUUUUGUCAUUCGUUCCACCGGACGGUAACUUUCGACUAAUGUCAUAUCACGUCGGUUCCCAGAACAUCGUAGCCAUUCCCAUCUACGUUCGUCACAAUCUUGUGCUGAAAUCUGGCGAACAGUCCCGGCUAGACAUUACCGUUGGGCCAAAGACGACAAUGGGACGGACGGUUGAAGGUGUAAAGCUGGAUAUUUGCAUGCCCAAAGCAGUGACAAACUGCUCGUUGGUGGUAAACCAGGGCAAAUACACGUACGACACAGUGAACAAAAUACUUCACUGGGACGUCGGCAGGAUCGAUGCGGCAAAGCUGCCCAAUAUUCGCGGAACGGUUUCUGUUGCGGCCACUAACUCCACUCUCGAAACCACAAUCGACAGAGUACACUUCACCAUCUCCCAGAUGGCCGUUUCCGGACUGAAGGUGAACCGAUUGGACAUGUACGGCGAAAAGUACAAACCCUUCAAAGGUGUGAAGUACGUGACGAAAGCAGGCAAAUUCCAAAUUCGUAUGUAA